CAAGCGGCAGGGAGCGGCGUAUGUGUGUAGGCGCUGGACUCGGACAGGUACAAAGAAGUGGAGGGGGGAGUUUGCACUUGUUCGAUCACCUGCUGCCAUUCGCUAGAAGAUCAGCGGCCGAGGAACACCUGUGUCUACGCGUCAUGCGAUCACGCGAACCGCGAGUGUCGUGUCCUAACCUCACUUUUUACCCAGUGUUUUUAUCCUAGUUCUGAUUGUUGUUCGAUUGUUUCUCACCCGUUGUCUUUUAUAACAAUUGUUGACAAUUCUGUUUAUAUCUGUGUUCAACUGAUAUAUUUGUGAAACUGUUAGGUUAUGUCAAUUAUUUUGGUGCGCCCAACGACUAUUUUUAUUGGCUCUGCUCGGAUCUUCCACCAAUAUUAAUCGGCUGAACUACGACUAACUUUGAGGUUAUGUUUGGUUUCUAGCCGGCUACGGUACAAUUCGCACGGCUAUGACCCAAACUGUGCAGUGCAUCUGACUGUGGUGACCCUGUCGAAUUUCCCAACCGUGUUUCUAGUGUUAUGGUAGUUGAGUGAUUGUGUUUUUUUUCUCUGGACGCCGUGGCAACGCAGUUCCUGUCGCCGGCUGGUGCCGCUGUCAUGAGAGAAGUUGAUACAGUCAGCCCUGUCGUUUGGCCGGCCUGGUGUUAUUCAGGAGAAGUACAGACGGAGACUGACACCGUGGCGGGGGUCGGGGUGCGCGCCGGGACGCCGGCCUCUCUUAAGGGCAGGAAGCGUCCCCUGGAGGCGACGAUGAACGGGGUGGGGGCGGACCACACCAACAACAACGUCAAGUCCGAGAGGCUUAGCCCCGCGACAGCGGACAACAACUCCAGCAGUUCCAGGAGCGGCACCCCCAGCUCCGUGUACCCGGGGACUCCGCCCUCCCAACCCGACCGACCCUCCAGUCCGUCCUCCACGGCACCCCCCGUGGACUCCCUCAUGGGCCGCAACUACAGCGACUUCAUGCGCUCCCUGGCGGCCAAGUACAACAACAACAACCCAAACGACUACUUCAGUUCGCCCAGGAACGGGUAUCCGCCCAGUCUGGACCCGCGGUUCUCCGCCUUCAAGCCAGGGGCGGCGACCCCAUUCGUGGGCCUGAUGGCGCCUUUGGGGUCCUCCUCGAGUACAUCCCCCACGGCCGGCCACCCCGCCACAACCCCCUCCAACACCAAAGAUUCCUCCGAGAGUGACCUGAAGCCAGGGAUCCCUACUCCCGCAGAAGCGCAGCAGGCCCUCUUCGCCAACUUCGGGCUGAACGCCUUCUCGCACCCCCUGCCCGGGGGUGUCCCCUUCCUGCCCCCCCUCGUGGACAUGAGCAGCACCCAGGCGCUCCUCAACAUGGUCCGCACGGCGAGCGCCCAGAGCGCGAACCAACUGGAGACCUACCUGAAGGGCGCCAUUAAGAGGCCCCCGGAGAACUCCAACAACCCCUUGGAUCUGUCCUCAAACGCCGUCACCCCGCCGCUGAAGAAGGCCCGGAAGCACACCCCUAGUUUAAGCGAGAGCCUGUACGGCCCUGACGCCCUCCUCAACUUCCCCAUUCUCAACGCUCUCCAAAGAACCACCAAGGACCGCCUGCAGUCCAAGAGAACCGGCAGUGUGUCCCCCAAACCCAAGUCCAAGCUCGCUACCUCGCCCUCCAACGCCGCCUCCGUCUCUCGGCCCUCCACCGCCAACUCCUGCCUGUCCUUGUGCUCCACCCCCGGCGAGAAACCCUGCUCCAGUUCCGCCGACACCCAGACGGUCGCCCACUGGACGGUUGACGACGUCUGCAACUUCAUCACCUCCAUCGACCUCUGUGCGGAAUAUGCGCCGAACUUCCGGGAGCAGCGGAUAGACGGGUCUGCCCUGCCCCUGCUGACGGAGGAGCACCUGACGUCGGCACUGCAGAUGAAGCUGGGACCGGCGCUGAAGUUGAGGGCAGUGCUGAGUCGUCGCUUGGGGCACUGCGCCGUGUGUCUGCACUGCGUCCACUGCCACGGUGCCGCCCCCGCCUCCAGCCCCACGCCGGCCCCCGCCACCCCCGGUGCCGCCCCCGUAUCCGCCACGCGUCCCAACAGCACCGGCAACUAGUCUAGCCCGUCCUCCCCUGUACAGAGACGUAUCGGAAGUGGAAGAGGCUUGUGUCACGGAUGUCAAAUAUAAAUACGACUUAAAGAGUAAACUCACUCUUAACCGGACAUCGGUUUUUGCCGAGGUCCCGCUAAAGAGGGCGCUAUACUUUUUCAAAUAGGGGUUGGAUCCAGGUGGUUUCACACGCACACACACGUGCAGAGGUUUUAAAGUGAUUAAUAUACAUCGGGUGAUUUCGAUAAAAGUACGCAUUUUUCAGGGUCGAUAGAGGAUGCGAGUACAAACAUUUUUGUCCAAUACACAUUGGGUCGUAAAUGUUUCGUUUACGACAAAAUUGAGAAUUUGUGGAACGCCUCCCUGUAGACAACACGUAGAAAUUCGGCGGGAAAAACGCAAAGCUACUGUAAUUAAAUGUGUUUUUCUUCUUAAUUACAAAUAAAAGAACCACUUAAUGGAAACAAGAAUGUAAAAAAAUUUUAUUAAUUAAAAAAAUUAUUACUAAGCAACAUAAGUGGGAGAAAACCCCCUACUCUCAAAAUGUAGGACAGUCCAUAUUACGUAACUCACCUUUGCAUCACACAAAUAGGAGAAACUUUAAACAAUUGCUGCAGUUUUUACAUUAUUUUUCACAUUGUGUGUUUUUAUGUGCUAUUACGAAAGAAAUAAAGACUCCACAUUUCUUCACGCAAACACCGAAAAAUAAAAAUAAAUUUUCUUCUUUGAUUUUAAUAUAAAUAAAUAUUGUUUUUUCUCAGAUGUUUUACUGUCGAUAAAUUCUUAAUAAAGUAGAGUAUUAAAAAAGUUGGCAUUUCGAGUUAUCGACACUCGGUUGUAUUGCAACUAAUCGAUUAGCCGAUAACUUUUCUGUUACAAUAUUACAAUACAAACUGGAUUUUUAUAACUUUUUUUAAUGAUGCGAUUAUUUAGAACUCACCUUACGGUUGAUUUGUAGACUAUAUUAUCCACCAAGGCUAAAACGGUAUAAUUUUAAAAUUUAUUUACUGUAUUUAUUGUUGACAAUUUUCGAUGACACGAGUCCCUUUUACACUUCCAAUUGUAAUUGUGAUUGUUAAGGUUUUUAUUGCAGCAUCAAAACCAAAUUUGUAAUUAUGAUGUAAUUAUUUUAAGCGUAUUUAGAUAGUAUUAACAAUUCUUGUUACUAUAGAACUGCGCGCGUUUUUCUCUUCUUAGACCACGCUGAGGCACUCGCCUGCCUUCCAUGUGCAAUGAUAAUAUUAGUGUUAAUAUUUAUAACUUAGAAAUGUCAGGGUUUUCGUAUUGUGAUAUGCUUGAUAAGAGGCGUACUUAUAAGGUAAAUUGUAGGCUACUAUUUAUAAGAUGUUUCGAAAAUUGCCAAACUUUCAACUUUAGUUUGAAGUUUAAAAUAAAUUCCAAGUGUCAUAGGACAGAAGUUUAAAACAUUUUAACUUUGCCAAAAUAACAAUUAAAGUUUUUCCAACGUGUGCCAAAUAUUAAGAAAAAUAAAUAUCAU